CUUCCUAUUCUUGUUGCAUUCCCCUUCAUCCUUCCACUGUCGCUCCGGCUCCACUUCUGCAGCGCGACCAGCACGCGCCCAUCCCUCUGGUCUUGUCCUGCUCUUCUCUUCACCGCCAUCAUCCUUACAACACCACCACCAAAAUGGUCCAUCACCGCGCAUGGCAGCGCGCGCUGCAGCUGGGCGCUACCGUGGGUCUCGCUGGAGCAAUGGCUCUGCCUGAACCCACACCCGUCCCUGCCAAGGUGGAAGCCCGCGAGCCGCUCGUGACGCCAGCGGCAAUCCGCUUCGACGGCCGCUAUAGCUACGUGCAGAAGAGAGACAUCGUCAGCGACAUCAAGAGCGGUGUCGAUGGCUAUGUGAACUCGAUAGGCAGCGUGCUGGGCACCGAUCUGCCCAGCUUCUUCACCGACGGUAUUCCCGGCUGGUUCGAGAGCCUCCCCACCGGUGACCAGGUCCUCAAGUCGCUCGACAUCAACAGCGGUGAUAUGGCCUCGAAGCCUACCCAGGUCCUCAAUGUUCCUCCGUAUGCGAACUGGACCGACAAGGGCUGGAACGUGCGCUUCCACGGCAAUGUCUACAAAUAUCCGAAUAUCAGCCAGGAAAAGGUUGACGACCUGGCCAAUGUCUUCCUGAUCGACACGAGCAUCGACAAGCUGUCUCCAAGCGAGCAGGACCAGGCACGCAACCUCACCCGAUCCAUCUUUAUCGUCCAGCAAGGCGACCAAAAUGUCACCAUGAACCUCGAGCCUUCGCCCAUGCAGGGCGGCGACGGCGAGCCUGGCGGUGGCAACGCCAUCCAAGCACCUGGCGGCAACCAGAGCGUGAAAUUGCCGUAUCCAACAACGGCGGAAGGCGACUUUGACGUCUUCGUGCCCAUUGAGCUAAACGGACUCAUUCCCGGUAACCAGACCAAAAACGUGCAGCGCCUGAACGUCCACACCAAUGGCACUGACAGCGGCAAUGCCACGGCCUACCUCUUGCCUGCAGAGGGUAUCACAUUCAUCUCUGAUAUUGACGAUAUUCUUCGUGUAACCAAGAUCUGGGAUCCCAAGGAAGGUCUUCUCAACUCCUUUGCUCGCCCCUUUACCCCCUGGAUGAACAUGCCCGAGAUCUAUGCCAAUUGGUCUCGCAGUCUUCCCAACGACACAUCUUUCCACUACCUGACUACAACUCCUGAACAGGCCACUCGCCUUUACAUGGACUUCAUCUACAAGACGUACCCGGGCGGUUCCUUUGACACACGCCCGCUCAACUUCUCCGAUGUCGACGCCACCCUCUCGAUUCGCCAGUAUCUCCUCACCAAGAUCUUCGAGACCUUCCCUAGGCGCAAGUUUGUCCUCGUCGCCGAUACCUCCAACAGCGAUGUCAUGAGGGACUAUCCCAAGAUGGCUCACGACUUUCCCAACCAAGUUCAGUGCAUCUUUUUGCGCAACACCUCGGCAACCGACGAGUCAAUGUGGUUCCCCUACAACACCGAGGGUUUCAAGGGCCUGAACAACCGCAGCUACAUGUUCUUCCGUGAGCCAAAUGACCUGACUGGUCUGGACAUUGUCAACGGCCAGUGUCUCAACGCGUCGAUCCCGCAAAACGUCACCUUCUCCAGGCAAGCGGAGAUUCUUGGUAUCCACGGCCACAGCGCUGCUGGUAAGCUUGAAAGCGGCGCGACGGUUAGCAUCGUCAUUGCCCUCUUCGCUGCCAUCGCCUUGUCCUUGUAAGACACGACCUGCCGAUAUAUCGGUCCUAAUGAAACGAUUGUUGAUGAAGCAUGAUGUCUUUUUGGUUGGAUUAAUGGCGUUUGCGUUUUCAGCGUGAUGGCAGGGUCCUCACUCUGAUUCUUCUGGACUUUUGUGCAUAGCUUCGAUUCUUUGUAGAAUAGCCUGGGAACGCUCAAUGAAUAAAAAUAAUGCAUGUCUCCUCGU